AUGGGUAAAUUAGCUAAAAGAGCAGUUCGUGAUUCAAUCCCAUUUCGCAAAGAAAAAAGAGGCACUAAAGAAGUCUCUGUUCCUAUAGCAAAUGAUGAUAGAGAAAGUGAUGCAGAGGCUAAAUUCAUUGAAGAAACCACAACAGUCAGAUUCCAAGAUGAAGUUAAAAAAAUCAUCCCAAGAACUUCUCAGUAUCAAAUUGCUCGCAAAUUACAACCAAGAAAAAUGCGUGAUAAAUUGGCACAAAACACGCUUUUAAACGUUGAUUUAUUAGAAACAGUAGCCCGGAUAAUAGACUACACCGAAAUUGAAGAACUUGCAGCAGUCCCAAGAACGUCUCUGUUUUCCGGUGUAACUAGACGAUCAAUUGUGAAGGCAAAACAUAGACUUAGUCAACAAUCAGCAGAAUUAGAAGAAAUUGAAGAACUUUCAUCUUUGGAAGAAGUAGAGAUUGAUCCUUGGGAUCAUUUAACCGAACAAGAAACAAGACCUACAUAUUUUGAUCCGGAGUAUCCUGAUGAAACACCCAAGCAAUAUCGAACUGAUGCAAGUCUAGAAUUUCAAAUUUUACAUGAUUGGUGGUUAUCCAAUGACAGUGAUAGUAAAAUAGCGCUGAGGAAAGCCAAAGCCACCGUUGCAAUCGGUCGGAAAUCGUAUCAAUUCAAUUUUAAUGAGCCAAAUAAAGCUGCGUUGCGUCGUAGCAGUAUGAAUGAUUUCACCAUUACUUUCUUUGAAGAAGAAAUGGAUUUUGAUUCGACUAAAUUUCUUACUCGGCGGGAAUAUAAAAUAUCUAUUGGAAAAGAUGCUUAUCAAAGAAUUUGGGCUUAUCUACAAAUAUUGCUAGCGCAUGGAUCAUCGAAACAAGUAGACAUACGUUUCACUCCACUUGAAUUCGCAAUCAUGUUAUUCAUCCAUGAAUGUAAUUUGAUUCAAGUAAGCCACUUGGGUAAUAAUUUUGUUAAGUACGGAACUGGUGCUACAAUGGUAGCGCAUACUUUUGUAUUAUUUUGUAUUGAAAUGCCUUUUUUGAUGAAGAUAAUGACCAUGGCGAGUUAUUCGCAAACAUUCGCCUUGCAUUUCUUUCGUUCAGUGCCUUUACUCCGAGGUAUCGGAUAUUGCAUAUUAGUGUUAUUCAUAAUCCUACAAUCAGAAGUUGGGCUAUUCGUGGAGGCAGCUUUUCGGAUGAUAAUGAUCUUGGUAUCAUCCACAAGUGACUGGAAAAAGUGUCCGAUUUUAGUUGAAGAUUAUAAAUGUAUUCCGUUUAAUUCCAAAGCCAAUCAAACUAAUUGUACGAAAGACGCGUUAAAUUAUUAUCCAAUUGGAUCCGAAAUUUAUUCAACUCAAUAUUACAUAAAUCAUGUAGUAUUCCCGGCAUACAACAAGAACCUUCCAGGGUUUAUCAAUCAUGGAGUGAUUGUAAUUUGGGUAGUGAUUCUGCUUAUAGCAAUCAAUGGAAUAGCACUGACCAAAAAGGCGACGAUACGCGCGCAGAUAGUCUUAAUGGCAUUUCCAGUUAUAAUGGCGAAUUUUGUACUUCUUGCUCGUGUAUAUUCCAUAUCCCAGGGGACUUUACCUCAUCAGUAUCACUUUACACCUUGGGAAAGAAUAUUAAGCGCAGAAUUUGUAAUUGAUUCAAUCUCAGUGGGUACAAAAAUCUACCAAUUCCCAUUCUUGGUCUGGAUCUGUUCAAUGAAACCAAAAGAAACCAGUGUCCAAGUAUACACAUCCCUUUUAAUUUUCACAUGUAUCAUGACUUCCUGGGGUUGUGCCUGUUUAUUUAUUAGCUGUAUCGAUGAGAUUUCUAAAACAUACAGUCUUGAUAAAAACUGCUUCCAUUUUCUUCCACGGGAUCAUAUAUUUUCUCUAAUGCCUGAUUUAUUACUGCACAUGUCUUUUGACAAAUCAUGGAUCUGUUUAUGGUUCUUCUUCGUGCUAUAUUUUUACUCAAUUUAUUUGGUUUUUUCAAUUAAUGUUACUGUGGAUACAAUCGUGCAGAGCAUACCAUGCAUGAACAGAAUCCCACUAAUUUUUUGCAUCGCCGUUUGGGGAAUGAUUUUAAUCCUAAGAUACAUGCGCAUGAAUGCAACACUUCGAGAUGUAUUUUUUUACUUCCAACCGGAGAAUAUAACAAUUGUAACUUCCAUACUUUUCGGAAUGUUGGGAUUUGGUCUGCAGUUUUUCUAUGGCCAGGAAAGAUUUCGGGAUGAUUUUAUGUUUUUCAACCAUUCGGCACCUAAACAUAUUUGGGCAAUCACCUGGCAUGUCAUUGUUUAUAUAAGCAACUGCUAUGAUAUGUGGGAUUAUGCUUCUGUCUAUGCACGCUACUAACAUGGAUAAUAAAGUUGCAACCACAGCAGCUGUUCUAGAACUGCUUCUAGCUUCGUUCAUAUUUCUAACAAUUCUCUAUUUUUUUAUACGACGAUCUUGUUAUUGGUUAUACCUAAAACGUGCACGAGAAAGU